AUACGCAGCAUUGACACACCUGUUCACCUGUUGCUCCAACAACGAUUGGAGAUGAAGCUCAAGCACUUGGAAUCACAUCUGCAAUCGGUGACAACUUACAGCGAGCUUGGCGCCGAGAAAGUCAACAUCGAGCUCGAACAGUACAGCACGUCAGCUCACUUGGCAGCAAGAAUGGUCUAUACGGCCGAAUUCGAGUUUGGAGACAUCGAAGACCGGAGCGUGCUCGAUCUCGGUUGUGGAACGGGUAUGCUUGGGAUAGCCGCCGGCAUUCUUGGAGCCGGUGCCGUUGUGGGGCUUGACGUCGAUUCUGGGGCGCUGUCAGCUGCAGCUGAAAACGCCGAAUCGAUGGAAAUCGGUAUGGACUUCGUGUGCUGCGACGUCGCACGGAACCCGUGCAUACCAGAACGAUUUGACACGGUGUUGAUGAACCCUCCCUUUGGAACGCGAAGAGCUGGCAUCGAUGUCGUCUUCCUGGAGCGUGCUCUUGAGGCUGCACCGACGGUGUACUCCAUGCACAAAACGUCAACCAGAAAGCACCUACUGAAGAAGGCGGAGGAAUGGGGAGUGGACAUUACGGUCCUGGCGCAGCUGCGCUUUGAUAUUCCUGCGACUUACAAGUUCCAUAAGCGCAGAUCCAUGGACGUGGAGGUCGAUCUUAUCAGGCUGCAGAAGCGCUUGUCGCGUUCAGAUAGCUGUAGUACUGAGAGCGGUUUGGAUGCCAAAGGAUGACGGGAAGGAUGACGCUGGAGUU